CGGGAGUGGCUUUUGGCGAGCUGAGGGUGCGCCAGGCUGUGAGGAGCUGCGCACUGACGGCGGUGCGCGCAUAGGUAGCGCUGGAACAAUGGGCGAGUAGCGCUGCAGCACCACGGGACCAGAGGAGCUUCGCCUGGUCGUGCUGCUUCAUAUUCCCAGGAUAAAGAUGACUAAACGGGUCAGACCCGGCUACUACCGCCAGGAAGUGAACAAAACCUCGUGGGAAGUGCCGGACCGGUACCGGGACCUGCGGCAGGUGGGGACCGGAGCCUACGGGACCGUGUGCUCAGCUCUGGACAGCAGAACUGGAGUCAAAGCGGCGAUCAAGAAGCUCUACAGACCUUUCCAGUCCGAGAUCUUUGCAAAGCGGGCCUACAGGGAGCUGAAGCUGCUCAAACACAUGAAACAUGAGAAUGUGAUCGGCCUGUUAGAUGUGUUUACGGCGGACCUCUCCUUGGACAGAUUCCAUGAUUUUUAUCUGGUGAUGCCGUUCAUGGGGACAGAUCUGGGGAAACUGAUGAAGCUACAGAAGCUGUCAGAGGAAAAGAUUCAGUAUUUGACAUAUCAGAUGCUAAAAGGGCUUAAGUAUAUUCAUUCUGCUGGUAUCAUUCACAGGGAUCUCAAACCAGGAAAUCUUGCCAUCGACCAAAACUGUGAGCUCAAGAUCUUGGACUUUGGUUUAGCGCGGCAGGCGGACAGUGAGAUGACAGGAUAUGUGGUCACCCGCUGGUACAGAGCCCCAGAGGUCAUCCUGAGCUGGAUGCACUACACGCAGACCGUGGAUAUUUGGUCCGUAGGCUGCAUCAUGGCAGAGAUGAUACAAGCAAAGCCUCUUUUUAAAGGCAGUGAUCACUUAGAUCAGCUGAAUGAGAUCUUGAAGCUCACAGGAACACCAUCUCAGGAACUUCUAUCAAAACUACAAUCCGAAGAUGCUAAAAGCUACAUCAAAAGUCUUCCAAAAGUGGAAAAGAAAGACCUUCGUAAGAUGUUUUCCUCAGCCAAUUCACACGCCGUGUCUGUGCUGGAGCGUAUGUUGCUGCUGGAUCCAGAGGAACGGGUCACCGCCGCCGAGGCUCUCAUGCUGCCUUACUUCGCUGAGUUUAGGGAACCAGAUGAGGAAACUGAGGCUCAGCUGUACGAUCACUCACUUGACACCGCUGAUCUCACCGUGGAUCAGUGGAAACGUCACACCUUCACGGAGAUCUUAACCUUCAAGCCUGUCUUACUGGAGCCCAAGGAAACAUCUCUAUAAGGCAGGUGUCUGCUACUGGAGACCAGAACAAACUAAUACAGGGUUUUAGAUCCUCUCAACCUGUUGGACCACAAGGCUUAAUGAAAGUCCAACACACCUGCUGAGUCGUGUUCUAGAUCAUUUAAACUCCAGACUACAAGUAUCUGGACAGCUCCAUUUCCAAUGCGUCCAAAAUAAUCAAUUUAAGGUGAAAGUAAAAAGCCUUUAGUUUGAGCAGAUUGACAUCAAUGCAGUCAGUCGCAAUGUGCAAAAAUUUGUUAUUUUACCAAAGUUCAGAGGCUCAAAAGUAGUUUGGUGGAUACUAUAUUGAAAUUUUGCCUAAAGGCAUCAACCCACAGACAUCGGGAAACGCUUUGCGUCGUCCCUGGUGACGUUUCACUGCACUCGCCUUUAGCUUUCUGUCGGUUUUCAACAAAUGUCAUCAGGAGGAGUACAGCUCAGUCACACUGAGGUCAGGUGACUAUCUGAGCAGGCUGAGGAAAACCUUAAAGGAUUCAUGUUGAUCAUUGACAAGAAAACAUGUACAUGUAUGUCUGCAUCCUUAUGUGUUUGACUUAGUCGUAAGGUGAUCUUUUUAUUUUGUUUUAAACACUCUACAUUUAAUAUUCCAGUCGUCCACCAGAACAUGCACAACAGCCUACAUUUACUAUUUCAUCAUUUUGAUUGUUGACUCUACUGGUACGGGACUCAACCGCAGUCUAAAAGCCAUUUGUGAUUGUUGAAAGUGUUCGUUUACUUCUGAACUCUUGCCAUUUAAGAGUUGCAAACAGCACUUCCAAUGUGCAUCCAGUCACUACCUGCUGAGUAUUUGCUCAAUCAUGUUGUAGAUAUUAUGCUGAUGAACAGAAACGGAUAAUCUGAAAAUGUGUCACUUUUCAAGUAAUUGUUGUGCGGAGUCCCAUCAAAGACAAACUAAGCUCUUUGUCGUUUCUAAAGUUUUACGUACCAGAACGUAAUAAAAGUGAUCAGGUCAUUAGCAGGUCUUAAAAGGAUGUGAAUACAAUCUUACUCUGUGCCUCUGUUAAACAAAGACUAAGCCAAAAUGCAAAAGCGACAUGUGAAAAACAAAGUACAGCCAAUGAUUCAAAAGCUUAUAGAAGAACCAUUUGAAGAAUAAGUUGAAGUAAUAGUUUUCUGGAUGGAGUGAUGUCUUUCACAUCGUAGUGCAAGCAUGUCAGCCCACUCUGGACUUCAUCGAGGCUUUUGGGCAUUCAAAUAUGUACAGUUCUUUUGGGAGCCUGCCAUAGCGUAAUAAUCAAGUUGACACAUUUUUACCUGGGAUCCUGCAACAUUAUGAUUCUUUUUUUCAUUUUCUUUUUAGUCGUUUUGUUGUAGAUUUUCCAGUGUAUUUGUGUCCGUCACUGUCUGGCUUCAUGAUCCAGCGCAUGUUCCAGCUGUCAGACAGAUGGCCUUACGUUUGACCCAAGAAAAAUCCGUUCUUGCACCUGUAAGCCAAAACAUCAUCUCCGCUUCAGCUGACAUGUUUGUGUUGAUGUAGUGGAUUUGGUUUUCAUCAAAUGUGACUUUGUAUACUUGGGCUGCUCGACUUUGCUCGUCCAGAAGUCUGAUGUUUUGUUUUCAGCUAUAACUUAGCAGACUGAACCCUGUUGUUUUUGACUACAAUCAUACUGUACAUAUGUUUUUAAAUGAACACCUCCAUCAGUGACAAUUCUUUUCUACUCCUUUCAUGAGCAGAGGUUUGAUUAGACAUGUUAGAGCCUUUUUGUGUGUGCGUGUGCGUGUCUGUGUGUAAUCUACAUCGUGUCAGCUCUAACCUUGCUCUUUCUGCCAGUGGCCUUAAAGAUAAUGACCAAACACAAAUACUGCUGAUGUGGCUAGACUAAACCCCUCAGGGGGUUUUGCACAAAUAUUUGGUUUUAAGUUCUAAACAAAUAAUGAUGAUCCUGCUGGGCUUUUUGGAACAGAAAGUUGCACAAGACACAUUUUUCCAGUGAUUUUUGUCUGGAUCGAUGCUUGUAAUGUCCCUACUCUUUUCAAGAAAUGAUUAAACAUGUUUAGUGACUGAA